ACUAACUGUUUGUUUAACUUAACAGAACAUGGUGAAUACUAAUCAGCUAGCUGAGAUGAUGGCCACUAUGGCCCAAGCGGUAACAGCGCAGGCCCAAGCGGUAACAGCGCAGGCAAAUGAUAAUGCGAUGAGGCGUGCUGCUGAGGAGGCACGUGAUCAGCAUCAGCGCCAGAGGGAAGUAACUCUGGACCAAAACAAAGGCCUCAAUGACUUCAGGAGGCAAAACCCACCAAAGUUCUCUGGUGAUACUGACCCAGACAAAGCGGAUCUCUGGAUUCAGGAAAUCGAGAAGAUAUUCGGCGUACUACAAACUGCUGAGGGUGCCAAAGUGGGCAUGGCGACUUAUCUGCUACUCGGGGAUGCUGAGUACUGGUGGAAGGGCACCAGAGGAAUUAUGGAAGACAAUCACGAGGAGAUUAGCUGGAACUCAUUCCGGACCGCAUUCUUGGAAAAGUAUUUUCCAACAAGUGCUCGGGAUGAGCGGGAGUCACAAUUUCUGACACUCCGUCAGGGAGGUAUGUCGGUACCGGAAUUUGCUUCAAAGCUGGAAUCUUUGGCGAAGCAUUUUCAAUUCUUUCAUGAUCAUGUGAAUGAGCGCUACAUGUGCAAGCGCUUUGUAAAUGGACUGAGGCCUGAUAUUGAGGACUCAGUGAGGCCGCUGGGAAUCAUGCGAUUCCAGUCGUUGGUUGAGAAAGCCACGGAGGUGGAGCUGAUGAAAAAUAGAAGGAUGAAUAGAGCAGGAAUUGGGGGACCGAUGAGGUCGAGCUCCCAAGACAACAAGGGAAAAGGAAAGUUACAGAUGAAGAAGCCUUAUCAGCGUCCUACGGGGGAAGGGUUUACCCCAGGACCGUUCAGGCCUACGAUUGCUGCUGCGGGAGGAGCAGGAAGCCAAGCUGGGAGCCGUGAGAUGACAUGUUUUAAAUGCGGGGAGGUUGGGCACUACUCCACGAAAUGCCCGAAGGGGAAGCCGAGGUGUUUCAAGUGUGAUCUACCAGGACAUCUGGCCAACAACUGCAAGACACCCAAGGUUGAGCCAUUUGUCAACACCAUAAGGGGAAAGCGCCCUGCUGCUAGAGGAAGAGUUUAUAUCAUGGAUGGUGAAGGAGCUGAGGAGUUAACCAGAGGAGAGCGCAAGAACGAUGGAACUUUUGAGGAAUUUCCUGAGGAGCAACGCUUUGCUUGUGAGGAAGAGUUAGAAGAUAAUCCUGGAGAAUCUGCAGAUGUCUUUGGCGGGCUGAUUCAUGAUGGUUCAUCCUUCGGGAGGAACUAAGGUUGAGAUGCGGGAACUGGAGCGUAUCGCGGUAGCGAGAGGAGGACGGAUGGUGUACAUAGACUAGGUCGUUCUGGAUUCAGAUUCGGGUACGAUCAUGCUAGCAUGUAGGUUUUAGUGCUGGUGUGAGCUCCUCGAGAUGGGAUUAGUGUAGGAGUAGAGUCUUAGCUCUGAACAUCAUUUGUUUUCUUUGGGGACAGGGUAGUUUCCCACCUAUAGCUUUUUGUGUGGUUUCGUUACGGGAAUCACAGAGAGUUGGUUGGACUUAGGAGGUCUUGCUUCAGGCCGAUGGGCCAGCUUAUUCUCAGUUUUGAGGGAUGGUGUUGCGGACACUUGACCUUUCUUGUGGAUUGUACCUUUUGCCUUCGG